AUGCACGUCCCCGUGGUUGCGGCUUGCCUGCAGGUUGUCGCCAGUCGCGUCUCCGUCGUCGGGGUCCGGCGGCGAGCAGCCGCGCGCGGCUCCUGCGCGGGGAAGGGCCCGGCAGCUUCCAGCGGCUUCUCGGAGCUGACGCCGCCCGGCUCGGCGCGCCGCCGCCGCGCCCGCCCCCGCGCCCGCGCCGGCGCGCCGCCGCCGCCGCCCCCCGUGCUGGACACGCGCUGCUGGCGGCCGCCCUCGGCCCUGCGCAACGCCGCGCCUCAUCACGGUCACCCUGCGCCGGGGCACGCGCGCUACGAGGCGGGGUGCGCGCCCGGCGGCGGCCCUGGGCCUCUGCCCGCUGCCCGCGCCCCUCGCCACCGCCGCGGCCACCGCCGGCGCCGCCGCCGCCGCCGACGCCAAGCUGGACGCGCUCUACGGGCAAUUUGUAUACUUCCUUGGUGGUAUGAUUUUAUCCUUUGCGAUCCGCGUCUGCGAUCCUGCGAUCCGCGUCGGGGCGUCGGGGGCGAGGGCGUGCGCGGGGCGUCGCGACGUCGUGCGCGCCGCAAGGCCGCAGGCGCCUUCCCCUUGCCCAACGCCGCCGCCGCCGCCGCCGCCGCCGCCGCGGCCGCCGCACGCCCUCGCCGCGGCAUUGGAGGCAUCGGCGCGGCUGACAGGGCCCGUGAGGGAGCGGCCUUGGGCCCAAAGGGAACCGCCGUUGCUGCCAGCGCCCCCGGGGGCCGGCGCCGCGGGCGGUCUUCAGGUGCCGGAAGUCGGCUGCCGGCGGAGGAGGGGAAGGCGGCGGAAGCGGCGAAGGCGGCGGUGGCGGUGGCGGCUGUAGCGGCGAUGGCGACGGUGACGACGGUGGCGACGGUGGCGGUAACGACGGAGGCGGCGGCGGCGGCAUCGGAUAUUGCCGAAAAGAUGGAGACGAUGGCAGACCGAAGUGACACAGUCGGCAGAAGAUGUGAGAGAGGAGACUUUAAUGACUGA